CUAUUCUCCGGCUUCCACAGAGUGAAGGGUUGUGCUUUAAAGUAAAGUAAGGACUGUGUAGAAAAUGUCGGCGUAACUCAGACUGUCCUGGAUGUGCUGGGUACACGAACGAAAAAGUGCAACGACUUUUCGAGUUUUAAGCACGCCCCUCUGACACUAUCAUGAGUGGCAGAGUCGCAGAGGGCCACCUUCAGGUCCUACAGAUUUACCGCCUGCUGCAGUGCGUCCAUGAAGGGGAUAAGGCUCACAUCGAGAAGAUGGUGAACCUCGGGGUGAAGAACCUCAUCAAUCUCACUGAGCCACACGAGGGCACAGGGGCGCUUCACGUGGCAGUGUCAGCCAACAACCAGGACUUGGUCAGCUUCCUUCUCUCCCAGGGAGCACACCCUAACAUCCAGGACAAAAUGGGCCGCACUCCGGCGAUGCUGACUGCAGAGCACGGCAAUGAUGUCAUCAUGACACUGCUGAUCCAGAACAACGCUAAUCUGAGACUCCAAGACUCAGAGGGAAAAGGAGUGCUAUUCUACUGUAUCUACCCCACUGAGCGCCACACCCGCUGCGUGAAGCUGGCACUGACAGGUGAGGCAGAUGUCAACAAUGUGUCAGCGCAGGGGACUCACGUCUUCCAGGUGAUGUGUGAAAAAGCCCAGGAGGGCACCUCAAUGUGUCUCCUCAUGCUGGGAGAAGGGGCGGACCCCAAUGCAACAAAUCAGGAAACUGGCACCACAGCACUGAUGGAGGCAGCCAAGGCCGGCUCCCUGCAGGUCCUGAAAAGCAUUCUGAAGAGAGGGGGAAACCCCAAUGCUCUGGAUCGAAAACGCUUCACAGCCGUACACUAUGCUGCCAUGGGGGGCUUUUUUGAGUUGAUUCAGGUGCUGUCUGCGUACUCUGCAGACAUGGGCGUGGUCAAUAUGGAGGAGUGCACUCCCCUACACUACGCUGCUGCCACCGGCAAUGCUAACUGCUGCAAGUUCCUGGCACAGAGAGGUUGUAACCCCAAACUGAAGAACCUGGAGGGUUUGUUGCCACGGCAGAUUGCCAAAGACGCCGGUCACAAAGCAGCAGCCAAGGAGCUAAAGAAAGCAGAGCGGCAGCACGGGAAAGGAAACAAAUCCACGAGUGGCGGCCUCCUGUCAGAUCUCUGGGGCCUGACCCUCCACGACUGGUCCAACGAGUACGAGACGGAAUUACAGCAAGUCUGUGGGAACAAAUCAGAAACAGUUUCCACCGUGAUGUUUAUCUCAGCGUUAGAGGAACUAAAAGCUCCAGUAGAUCUAGAACAGAUCCAUCAAGUCAUCUCAGCCCAUGACAAGGGAAGAGUGGGGUGCAUCAGCAUUAAUGACUUCAUCAAAGGCGUCAAGUACAUCAAGAAACCACUCCUCCUCUCCUCAUAUAUGCCUAAAAAGAAAAAGGGUGAGAAGGGAGGAAAAGGUAAGAAGGGUAAAUUCGUCCUCCCUUUGCCAAUUUGCACCCUCCCGCCGGAGCAUAUGCCUCGCCGACCAGACGGAGGCCCGCCCCAUUUCAUGAUCGAGACUUACUUCAACUGCUCAGACACCCGGAGAUUUGCUCGUGACCAACCGCCAGCACAUCCCAUAAUGAACGACUCUGGGUGGUACCUAGAAAAGCCAGACACUGUCUUCGUCAAUAUCAACUGCAGUGUAAAAAGUAGAGACUUGGAAUCUUUGGACCUCGCUUUAAAUCAGGGGGUUCCUGUGGAUGUUCAAGAUCAGUUUUACAAAACCCCGCUGAUGGUCGCCUGCUCCAGUGGCAACUACGAGGUGGCACAGUUUCUACUCAGUAGGGGGGCGGAUGUGAACGUGUGUGACCAGUUCUUCUGGACGCCCCUCCACCAUGCAGCUUACGCUGGCCAAGUGGAGCUAAUUCUACUUCUUGUUCAGGCGGGGGCUGUUGUCGAUGCCCGGGGCCUCGGUAGAGGCACGCCCCUAAUGAGGGCCAUCGAGACCUCUCGACCCUCGUGUGUGGACUUACUCAUAAAGGCGGGAGCCAAUGUCAAUGCAGAGAACAAGAAAGGACUGAACUGCCUUGACAUCGCCAGAGUUUUUGCAGACUCCCGGGUGAUGGACAUGGUCAAAGAAAAGAUGGAUUCUAUGCCUAAACCAAAGGAGACAAAGGGGAAGGGGGGCAAAGCUGAAAAACCUAAAUCUGCCAAAGGAAAGGUACCCAAGUAACUCCAUA